GCAGUUGCCCUUUCCUCUCCACACUCCUGUCUCGGUGCCAGUACCUCUGGGAUGGCCUCACAAAACCGCGACCCAGCUGCUGCCAGCGUUGCCGCGGUUCGAAAAGGAGCCGAGCCCUGCGGGGGCGCCGCCCGAGGCCCUGUGGGCAAGCGGCUACAGCAGGAACUGAUGAUCCUCAUGACAUCUGGUGACAAAGGAAUCUCCGCCUUCCCUGAGUCAGACAACCUGUUCAAGUGGGUGGGGACCAUCCACGGAGCAGCCGGCACCGUAUAUGAAGACCUGAGGUACAAACUCUCCCUAGAGUUCCCCAGCGGCUACCCUUACAACGCACCCACAGUGAAGUUCCUCACACCCUGCUACCACCCCAACGUGGACACCCAGGGCAACAUCUGCCUGGACAUCCUCAAGGAUAAGUGGUCUGCACUAUAUGAUGUCAGGACUAUCUUGCUCUCUAUCCAGAGCCUGCUAGGAGAACCCAACAUCGAUAGCCCUUUGAACACACACGCUGCGGAACUCUGGAAAAACCCCACAGCAUUUAAGAAAUACCUGCAAGAAACCUAUUCAAAGCAGGUCUCCAGCCAAGAUCCCUGAUGCAAGCUGGCCGCCCUGCCCCUCUUUUGUGUUGUCUUUUUUCUUAGACUAUCUGUCCUUUCUCCUUGAUUUCUAAACUAUGUUAUUUUUGUUUUGUUUCGUUUUUAAAUUAAGUCUGCUUGACUAGCCGGGCGUGGUGGCGCUCGCCUUUAAUCCCAGCACUCGGGAGGCAGAGGCAGGCGGAUUUCUGAGUUCAAGGCCAACCUGGUCUACAAAGUAAGCUCCAGGACAGCCAGGGCUAUACAGAGAAACCCUGUCUCGAAAAACAAAAAAUAAAUAAAUUAAGUCUGCUUGAACCCUUAACAAUGUAUAUUAAAUAAAUACACAUUGAUUGUUUUGU